AUGGUUUUACGCCAGCAUUGCGUUAAAGUGAACAGUCAUGAAGGGAGUCAACUGAAAGACAUAAAACGAACAUUCCGGGAUUGUAAACAUGUAAAAGGUGAAAUGGAUUUGUUAUUGGGACUGAAUAGAGAUCUUUUAAAGGUAACAAAUCAACUUUGUUUUUUUGAUCCGAAUGAAGGCCUUUCAAAUGUAGAAUGUUUUACUGCUAACGUCUUUCACAUCUCCCUGGUCCACGUAAAGUAG